GGAUGGUGGAGAUGGACACAUCAGUUCCUUCUUGUCAUCUGGCUUUCACUGUUGGCUGCCACACCAACCAAAGCAUCAGGCCAUUUCCUGGGAGACACUAAGGCAGUAUUAAAUGGCUGUGAGGACCACUGGACCCUGCAGGACAGGGCCGCCAUGCCGCUUCUCUUUCAGAUGACUUUGUGUGUCGACAUUCGUGUGGUCGCCCCCGGAUCCUGGGUGGCCUUCUCUUACAGCUCGGUCCACGCACCCAGGCCCGAGCUGGGUCUGGAGGGAGACGAUGAGGCGCUGUAUGGGUGGCUGCUAAAGGUCCGACACAGAUUUCCUAUCCGGCUGUCUUCAACACACUGGCAUAGGAUUUGUCUGAGGAUGGAUGUACAACGCAAGACCUUUAGCCUGGAGGUUGAUGGGGAAAUGGUGGCAGAGAGGAGAGUCAUCGCUCAGGCCAUCCCCCCCCACGGCUCCCUGUGGCUGGGCUGCCGUCCCAGAGACCGACCCCGGCAGGCCGCGCUCGGGGAGGUGGAGUUGUACAUGUUCCGCAUGUGGGCAGACCUGGGCGACCAUGGCCACUGCGAGGACGGCACUGUGAUUGGCUGGAACGCUCAGUACUGGGGCGUGACCCAUGCCAGGGCCAGACAGAGAGACCCCAACCUUCAGUGUGCUGACCACAGACGGUUGAGACGUGGGGCACGUCCUAAAAGAAGCGUAACUAAUGCAACCACAACUGGAGUUUCACGGUCAUUCUCAACUCCACUUGAAGUGUCGACAACUGCAACUACCUCAAGUCCUGCAAUAGCAAGAUCUGUCACUCAGGUCAGAGGAUCCCAAUCAGUAAAUUGUAACAUCAGCCAACUCUGCUCCAAUAACAAUGCUUACUUUUGGAUGCCCAUAAGUGUGGAGGUCAUAGGCGGCAAUAAGACUGAACAAGAUGUCCAGAACCUGGUGUCAAAUGCAUUUCGUUGCCGUAGUGACGGAGGUGAUGCAGCACGAGUAAACGGCUCUAUAGAUUUCUGUCAAGGUGGCAUACAACUUCAGGCAGUACAGGUGAACUGCAGUGCAAAAAGUAACAUAAGUCAAAUGACGUGCGAGGUGCUGUUGCAGCUCAGACGCGCUGUCUCAGCGUGUGAGGUGCAGCGUGCUGGAGUCUCUGCACUGCAGCAAGCCGGAGACCAACAAAUACAAGCCAGAAUCACUGGAGAUGUGGAGAGAGUCGCAGGGCGAGAUUUUUGUGGGGAUAUGGCACCUUCCAGUGGCGGGUUUGUGAGUUGCACAUCCACAUCCUCCCUGGAAGAUAUCUGUGGAGCAAACAGACCCUCCAGGCUUACAUGCUCUCUCAUAGAGCCCAACUCCAACCCAACUCCACGACGUAACCCAGAAUCCUGCAGCAGUCCCAGAGAAGCGCCUCGCUUUUGUGACUGCAGCGCUUUCUGUAAUUCUACAAGCCAGUUUUUUGCUACAACAAUCAAUAUUAACAAUUCCUCUGUUAAUGUUAGCGUCCUACAAGGAUUGUUGUCUGGAGCUAAUGCAGCCCGCGCGUGUAACACAAUGUCAGGGUCAGUUUGCCAAGAUAUUUUAAGGCGCUACCAGCGUGUUCAUCUGGACUGCCAUGGGACACAACAGAGGUUGUACAGCUGCGUGGUGAUACUGGAGAUGUCUGGACCAGUCAAUGGUUGCUCCCUGAGUAAAUUUGUGCAACAACUCAUCGACAGCAACAGUGGAAUAACAACCGAAAGCCCACUGACACGCAUGGUGGUGUGUGGUCCUCCUGGUUUGACUGUCCCUACUCUGUUGGCAUCCAACCUGACCUGGGUUGAAAGUGACCAACAGACCUCUGAUGUGUGCCAACCUGACCCAACUCUGCUUCGAUGUGAGGCAAAUGAGAGCCUUGCUGUACUUCUGACUGACGGCUGCCCUCCGGAGCCAACGCAGUCUUCCAAUAUGACCAACAGCAACAUCACUACAACUCCCGAAGCCUCAACACCAUUUGUGACCAACAACACUACCAAUAACACAACAGAUGACAGCGAUAGGAAUUUAAACAAUGGCACAAUUACAACAAGUAACACAACAACAAGCACAAAUAUCACCACGACUACUGUAUCUCAAAACCAAACAGACACAGACUUCAAUAACACAACGUCUACCACUGCUGGACAAGUUAAUGUAACUCUCAAUGCAACGGCAUCCACAAACAACUCAACUGCGGACAAUGUGACGACAGUUUUCGACAACGCCACUGAACCGACAGCAGCUCCACUGAGCAACCAGACUGGAAAUCCCACCACAGCGAGUGUGACCCACAACGUCACAACAACCAAUGGAACUGACAACUUCACCACAGCUGCCACCGGCGUCAGUCUCAAUCAAACUGCAGGAAUUGGCUUCAAUGUGAGCUCAACCACAAGCAGUUUGACCACGGACUUCAACCCGCCAACCAACGAACCAGGAGUCAAUUUUACAACUACAGAAACUCUCCAAACCACCACGCUCACCAGCACAACCACAACAGCACCUGGAACUACCUCCACAACCACCUCAGCGACAACUAUAAGCCAAGAGGUCCUGGAGGAAAAAGCAGAUGAGCUGCUGAAUCAAACACAGAACGCGCCUCAGCUCGGCGCCCCUCAGAUAAGACGGUUGUUGGUGAACGUAGGGAGGCUUCUGGACGGCCCCACUAUCUCUGAGGCAGUGGCACAAAAGAUCAUCAACAUAAUCAGCAACCUGAUGGAGGCCAACUCACUGGUCCUUGCUAUAACUGCUACCAGUCUGAUUCGACUGGUAGAUGAGGUGGGUAUUAAGGUGGUUGUCACUAGUGAAAAAGUGAUCCUCUCUGCAAAGUUGCUGGUUCUGGCAGUGAAGGAAGUCGAUGGGACCAACUUUCCGACAUCAACUAUUGACAUCCUCAACACUGAUAAUGUCCAGCUCCGUGGCCGCAGCGGAUCCCGGUUCAGGAGGUCAGGGUCUGCUAUGGGGUCUGUGUUCCUGCCCUCCUCCCUCACCACGGGGCUCAGUCCUGAGCAUCAGCACCAGGCCAACAGGGUCCAGUUCAACUACUACGCCAAACCUGUCCUCUUCCAGGAUGCAGCAUUAGGUGACCGAACCGUUAUCAGUCCAGUCCUGGCAGCCAGCGUGGCCAAUCUGUCAAUAAGCAACCUCACUGAGAACAUUCAGUUUACCAUCCGAAACAUCGAGCCCAUAACUGGAAACUACACGGCCUCCUGUGCAUUUUGGGACUUCACCCACAAUGGUGGAGGAGGCUGGAGGUCUGACGGCUGCUUUCUUGUCGACACCUCACCGGAGGAAACAACCUGCAGCUGCAACCAUCUCACAUCCUUUGCAAUACUGCUGGAUUUGUCCAGACAGGAGAUUGACCCAAGGAAUGCACUGAUUCUUACUUUCAUCACCUACAUCGGCUGUGGAAUCUCUUCCAUUUUCCUCGCUGUCACCUUGCUGACAUAUCUUUUGUUUAAUAAACUGCUGCGGGAUAUUCCGGCCAAGAUCCUGGUUCAGCUCUGCACGUCCCUCCUCCUCCUCAACCUGGUGUUCCUGCUGGACGGCUGGCUGGCGCUCUACCCGGCGGUCGGCCUGUGCAUUAGCACCGCCUUUUUCCUGCACUACUUCCUGCUGACAACAUUCACCUGGGCGGGGCUUGAGGCCCUGCACAUGUACCUGAGCAUCGUCCGGGUGUUCACUCCCUACCUCAGCAGAUACAUGCUCAAGAUGUCCCUGAUAGGCUGGGGCCUUCCUCUUAUCGUGGUGACCAUUGUAAUAGCAGUGGACAAAGACAACUAUGGUCUGGUCACAUAUGGAAGAUUGACAAAUGGCACUUCAAAUGACUUCUGUUGGCUGCGUAAUGACAUCGCUUUCUAUGUGGGCGUGGUGGCCUACUUCCUUGUGGUGUUUGUUCUGUGCGUGGUGAUCUUCAUUGUCGUUAUGGUCCAGCUGGCCCGGAUCAAGAAGCAGAACCCCCAGAACCAGGCCCCCAACAGGGGAGUGAUGACGGAUAUGCGAAGCAUCGCUGGCCUCAUCGUCCUGCUCGGCCUCACCUGGGGGUUCGCCCUGUUCGCCUGGGGACCCCUCUACUUACCCUUCGUUUACCUUUUCUCUAUAUUCAAUUCUCUACAAGGAUUCUUUGUCUUUGUUUUCCACUGUGCUGUGAAGGAGAGUGUCCGCAGGGAGUGGAGAGUUCAUCUUUGCUGCGGGAAACUGCGCCUUUCAGAGAACUCAGAAUGGAGUCGGACGGCCACCCAGAGAAACAGGCAUUUGUCGAGUAUCACAGCAGCCUCCCCGGGUCCCCAGUUCACCACCCGAAGCAUCUCCGUCGCCAGCGAUAGCACCAAUAGCAGUGAAUCUGUGUUUGCGGACAGCGGAAUAUCUGAAGGCUCCCCCAGCGACUCUCCCAUCAACGAGAUUCACAGACGAACUCUGCUACCGUGAGGCGAAGGCCUGACGACUGUGUCAAGCGUCCAUUUGUGGUUACAAUAAUUAUCUACUCUAAGAGAGGCGAGAGGACACGGCCAGAGAUAACUGAUCUCCUGAGCAAACAAAGAAACUAAUCACAGCAGUGGACGCUCACAGAACUCCUCAGUGUUCCACAAGAUGAAUGUUUACAGGUAUAAUGAAGGACAGAAGAAGUGAGACUGAAAUACCUUUAGCGAGGAUGAUUCUGAUUAUAGCUUGAAUGCAACAAGUGUGACUUGAUGCCUUUUCUACAUUUAACAGUAGAACAUAUGAAUACAGAAAUAAUGCAAGACACUUGUUAGCAGUGGGAGGAGAACAGUAGGUGUGUUUCCGACUGAAUCAUUUAAUUAUUUCAGUGUUACAGCUGUGACUUAGUGUUCGUGCACACCGUAUAGCUUGUUUCAAAGCUAUUAGAGGUAUUACUGCAAUCAAUAACUAUGAUGGUAACAUUAUUUAUAGUCUGUGAAAAAGCUUGAGACAUGUUAAAGAUACAAACUUGCAUUUAAUUAUUAGCGUAGAAGAAACGCUGUCAACAUUGUAUAGAUUAUUGUGAUUUUUUUUUGUUGGUAUAUAUAUUUUUUUUAAAGAUAUUUCCAGUGUGUUUGCAAUGCUCCACUGCCCGUUGCCUCUAUAUUUUCAGCCGAUUAGGCUGUUAUCAGUCCAUUAAACGGGGUUGCUAUCAGUGGUUAUCAUAGAUGUGGGUCAGUAGGGCCCUGCUACAGCCACUAGUAGGUCUUAUCAUAGACAUGGGUCUAUCACCAUUAUUUUUAUUAAAAGAAAAAAGUGCACACAC